GCAGCUUAUUCUAUUAAUAAAUAGGCAAGAUACUUGCUGAUUUUUAAAUAUUUUAUUUGGUCUAUGCCAACUUGUCCUUCUGGAGAAACUGAGUCACAUUCUGGGAAGGAAGGAGACAUUCUGCUUAAAGGAUGUCUCUUAUUUAAUGGCUUAGGAGAAACGUUAUUUGGCCUUCUCUGCCACUGUAUCUCUGGGAGGCAAAAGUUCGCCUCCCCGCUCCAUAUUCCCAUCUCCCCGCCCCUCAGGGAGAUAAAAUCGGAAGUAGCAGAUCUAGAACCCAUGAGCAGUGAGAUUACAUCCUGAGUCCAUUCCUUUGAACCACAUUGAAUGGAACCCAUGAGCUAAAAUAGCCUAAGCAAUACUGUACUUUUGGGGAACGAUUUAUUAUAUAUUAUUUUUACUUUGGAGUUUUCCCAAGUUCCAUCAAAUUGUUUUGCAACCAAUUACGUUUACUAGUCGUCCCUAUUUAUUCUGCCUCCGGUCUAUACCCCACGUGGAAGACGAGGUCCAUAUAAGAAGUUUCUGGCAUUGCUACAGAUACCAUGGCAGGAUGGUCACUCGGCCCAGAGAUCAGCCGGGGAUAAUUCAAGAGAGGAGGUAGAAAGUGUUCGGGUACUACCAUCCUCAGAUCCUUCCCCACCCCCACUCCAGUCGCUUUACCCCUGGUCGGGAGGUCCUCGGACCCCUCGCAAUUGGAUGCACUCAGGCCCGGAGCUAACAGAUGCUCUACGCCAUGCGCGUUGACCGAACGUUCUCAGGGGACCGAGUACGCAGGCCAAGCGCAAACUUUCUGCAAGUGGAACUUGGGCACCCGGGGGGAAACCUGCAUGCAGAGCUACUGGAGAGGAGGGGGCGCGAAGCGAAAGCGCAGGCGGUCUCGAGCACAGGGGCGGUUCCCCGCUGGGCCCAGAGCCUGAACCGGAGCCAAUCGCGCAGCCGAGACAGCUGCCAAUCACACGACUCCCUCCAAUCCCACCCGUGCCAUUUCCAAAAACUCGGUCCCACUGUGCAGCUCAAAUGUGGUGUUCACUCUGCCAAUCGCUGGAGGAUAGAAAGGGGACAAGAAUAAGCAGUUAGGAGGCCAGGACACAAGAAGUUAAAGAGCGCCUAAUAUAUACAUGUUUUUGAAGGCGGGCAGAGGGGAAAAAAGUGCCCCCAGCGAGGGUCUAUGGGUCUGAUUGUAUAGUUAUGAUGGAGCCCCCUUUGAGCAAGAGGAACCCGCAAGCGCUGAGAUUAGUGGAUUUGGCAACGGCUCAGGCCCAGCAGCUUCAGAAUAUGACAGGAUUCCCGGUGCUGGCCGGCCCGCCCGCCCACUCCCAACUUCGCGCCGUCGCCGCGCAUCUCCACCCGCGGGACCCAGACACUGACCCCGGCGCGGCCAGCACUGCGCUCGGACCCGAGCACAUGGCACAGGCCAGUGGGCACGGCCCCAGCCCUCCCGCUCAAGCGCUCCAGGGACAGCCCCAGGCUCCCGCGCCCGCCGCCCGCUCCGCGGCCUCAGGGGCGCACCCGGGCGCCCGAACCCACCCCGACGGCGGGGGCAGCGGUGGCGCGCAGGCCUCGGCGCCCCCGCCUCCAGCCCCUCCUCUUCCUCCCUCCCAGUCCCCCUCUCCCCCUCCCCCGCCUCCUCCUUCUGCCCUCUCGGGCUACGCCGCCACCAACAGUGGCGGCGGCGGCAGCAGCGGCAAAGGCCACAGCAGGGACGUCGUCCUCCGGAGGGACCUUUCCGCCACGGCCCCCGAGGCGGCCAUGCACGGGGCCCCGCUCGGAGGGGAGCAGCGGUCCGGCAGCAGCUCCCCCCAGCAUCCAACCCCGCCUCCCCACCCAGCCGGGAUGUUCAUCUCGGCCAGCGGCACCUACGCGGGCCGGGACGGUGGCGGCCCCGCGCUCUUUCCCGCGCUGCACGACUCUCCAGGGGCUCCUGGCGGCCACCCGCUCAACGGCCAGAUGCGUCUGGGGCUGGCGGCCGCUGCUGCGGCAGCGGCCGAGCUGUACGGCCGCGCGGAGCCACCCUUCGCUCCGCGCUCAGGGGACGCGCACUACGGGGCGGUGGCGGCCGCCGCGGCCGCUGCCUUGCACGGCUACGGUGCCGUGAACUUAAACCUGAACCUGGCUGCGGCCGCGGCAGCCGCGGCGGCCGCGGGGCCCGGGCCCCACCUGCAGCACCACGCGCCGCCCCCGGCGCCACCGCCAGCGCCCGCGCCGCACCCGCACCACCCCCACCUCCCGGGGGCGGCCGGGGCCUUCCUGCGCUACAUGCGGCAGCCAAUCAAGCGGGAGCUCAUCUGCAAGUGGCUGGACCCGGAGGAAUUGGCCGGGCCGCCGCCCGCGGUCAGCGGCGCCAAGCCCUGCUCCAAAACUUUCGGCACCAUGCACGAGCUGGUGAACCACGUCACUGUGGAGCACGUGGGCGGCCCGGAGCAGAGCAGCCACGUCUGCUUCUGGGAGGACUGUCCGCGCGAGGGCAAGCCCUUCAAGGCCAAGUACAAGCUCAUCAACCACAUCCGCGUUCACACCGGUGAAAAGCCCUUCCCCUGCCCAUUCCCGGGCUGCGGCAAGGUCUUCGCGCGCUCCGAGAACCUCAAGAUCCACAAGCGCACUCAUACAGGGGAAAAGCCUUUCAAAUGUGAAUUUGACGGCUGCGACAGGAAGUUUGCCAAUAGCAGUGAUCGAAAGAAGCACUCCCAUGUCCACACCAGCGACAAGCCGUACUACUGUAAGAUUCGAGGCUGUGAUAAAUCCUAUACCCACCCGAGCUCUCUGAGGAAGCACAUGAAGAUUCACUGCAAGUCCCCCCCACCUUCUCCAGGAGCCCUUGGUUACUCAUCAGUGGGGACUCCGGUGGGGGACACUUUGUCCCCUGUGCUGGACCCAACCAGGAGUCGAUCCAGCACUCUGUCCCCUCAGGUGACCAACCUCAAUGAGUGGUAUGUUUGCCAGGCCAGUGGGGCCCCCAGCCACCUCCACACACCUUCCAGCAACGGAACCACCUCUGAGUCUGAAGAUGAAGAAAUGUACGGGAAUCCUGAAGUCGUGCGGACGAUACAUUAGAAUGACUAUUAAUAAGUGAGAUAGUAAGUGGGAGUCCUUGGACCGUAUCCUAACCUGAGACAAUGCGGAGCCUGAGACAAGCUGGUGACUCAGACUUGCAACCGGGUCUAAUUAGCCCUAUUUAUUCAGUAUGAAACCCUAUGGUGUUUAUACAUUUAAUUAAUUUAAUUAAGAUAUUUGGGUUUUUUUUUUCCUCUUUCUCCUAAAAAAACAAAAAACAAACAAAUGAAAAAGAAAACAGAACUG